UUCAUUCAAUUAUUAAAUCAUUGUCAAUUUUUUAGUUGUUUUUAUUCAAUUUUUUCGGCUGUUCGUCGAAGAAAAAAACAGACGACGACAACAACAACAACGACCAGUCCAACAAUCAGUCCGGUUAAUGAAGAAUUAGAAUUAAAUCAACAUCAACAACUAACCUGUUCAACUGUUGGUAAUUCAUUAGCAAAAAGUAGAAAAUUUUCACCUUCAUCUUCAUUGUCAUCAUAUAACGAACAAGUUAACAGAAUUGAAAACGAAUGUCAAAAUCGACCAAAAAACUUGUUACCUUGGCGACAAGAAUCGCAAAACCAUUGUCACCAUUAUCAACAAGAAUCGAUAUCAACACCGACAACAAACCAACACGAUCGAAAAAAAUCUUUAGUCGAAAACAGUAGCUGUGGCGGUUACAGUGGUGAUUAUAGCACAAAAAAGUCUUUAUUUUUGCCAACGACUACGUCGACAUCAGGCACGAACACGAAAUUAAAGAAUCAACGUCGAAUCCAUUAUCGAUUAAUCGAACAUCAAGCAUCAACACAAUCAUCACCAUCACAUACAUCAUCAUAUAGUAAUAAUAAUCAUCAUCAUUGUCCAUCACAUCAUUUUAAUCAUCGUUUUUCUCAUCAUCCAGAUAGUAAUAAUUCAAUUAUACAAUCACCAACUUUGGCAUCAUAUAAUUUACGAUCUAAAUUAAGAUUAGAUCUUCAACGAUAUUUAGAUGAAAUGAUUCAACGACAACGAUCUGCAUCACAUUGUCCACACGCAGUAGCCAUCGGUUCAAAUAGUAAUUCUAAAAGUGGUACAUCCAUGAACAAGUGUUGUUGUUGUCAAAAAGCCCGAAACAUAUCGGCCAAUAAUAAUUCCGGAUCACCAAAAAAUAGUGGAAACAUCGUUGUCGAUCCAUUAAUGUGUAAAAUGGUUCAACAACAUGGACUAUCACCAUCGCCUUCAUCGUCCAAUAUUAAUGGCCAACAGAAACGAGCUUCAUCAUUACGUGUAUUGAAUCGACGAUUCAAUUUUUUCGACACAAGCAGCACAAAUUAUAAAACGGAUGGUACAUCCAGCCGAAACGGUAGCCGUCGUGGUAGCCGUAAACAAAAACGACAGCAAAUCAAAAUGAUGGAUUUAAGUGAUGAAUGUUUUUUGGCAAUAUUUGAUUUUUUAACAUUACAAGAAAAACUAUAUUAUGAACGUGUUUGCCAUCGAUGGCAACGUUUGAUAAGAGUUUCAUUACAAGCAUCUGCAUCAUUAAAAAUCGGUGAACAUUCAGUUAAGUGCAAUUGUCAAUGUGCUCAUUUUCCAAGCUGGGAUCUUCCUCCUUCCAAACGUUUUCCAAGAGAUCAAAUCGGUUACAUUAUUUAUCCAAAAACAACUAUUCGUUAUUUGCUCACAUUAUGUAGUCAACUGAGAUGUAUCAAUUUUUCUCAUUGUUAUUUGGAUGAUGAAACUUUACAGAUUAUAAUGAAUCAUAGUGAUAAGAUUGAAUGUCUUCAUUUAAAUGACAUUCGCCUUGAAGAAGAUGGUGAUGAACUUCCAAAUGGAUUUCUUGAUAAGAAUAAAAAUCUAAUCGAAGCUGUGAAUAAUGGACAUCAUGGUGAUCAAGAGACAAUCAGUUCGGCUGUAGGUGCAUUUGCAUCCGAACAGCUAGCCGUUUUUGGUGGCCUAAUGCGUAAACUUUCCACACGUCAUUCAUUGAAAAAGAAACAUCAUCGUAAAGAGACCAGCAGUGAUAUAGCUGGAAAACGAUAUUCAAACGCAUCAGUUUUGUCGAAAAAGUCAACUGCAUCUAGUGUAUCGAAUUUGGUGCAACAUCGUUCCAGUACGGGAGUCAGUAGCCCUUCCAGUACAAAUCAUUCGACCGUAGCAUCUCGAUGUAAAACUCCUGUUAAUCAAACAAAAUCAUCACCAAUAUCAUCAUCAGGAACAAACAAUUCAGGUCGUACAACUGCAGCCACUGGUAGACGCACGAAUGAAAUGUCACCAUUGAUUCAAUCUACGAUGAACCGUACAACACCGAAUUUAAAUAUUUCGAUGACAACAAACACUGCAUCAACGGCUAUACCAAUGAAUUCAGUUGCAGCGGCCAUUCACGAGAAAACUACUGCCGUAUACUUUCCUCACGAUGAUAUGCGUGUCUCAUUAGAAAACAUAAUACGUAAAACUCAGAUGAAUAACAACAACAACAAACAACAGAAUAAUAAAACUCCAUCACCGCAAAAUGGAUCACAAUCACCAACAAUAACUUUUCAUCCUGCUCAAUCACAAUCAUUAUCUUCUCAACAACAACAGCAAAAACUUCAAUCAAAACCAUCAACAACAUCAAUAACAUCAGCUACUCAACGUCGUCGAGAAUGGUCUAAACAUCGUUCAUCACAAAACAAUCAAAUUCGUGUUAACAAUUCAGUAAUGCGUUCUGAAGAUCAACUCAUGUCAAUCAACGUUAUAAAUGAUACUAUCAAUAGUAAUGAUAGUUUAUUUACGUUAAACGAUGAAUCUAGUGUUGCUACCAAUAGCUAUCCAAAAACCAAUGGUAAUCGUCAACAAAUUCAUUUAUCACCAAAUUUAGCACCAAACAUUUCAAGUAUACAAACAGAUUCAGAUGGAACUAGUCCUCGUUUUAAUACUACAAUAACAACAACAACAACGACAAGUCAAAGUGGUGGAAGUAGUAGUGGUGGAAGUGGUGCUAGUAUGAUGACCGGAAAUCAGAUUGCCGAUUUGAAUAGUAGCGAAAUCAAUUCGAAUAGUCAUCGAAGUAGUAUGAAUCUUGUAACAAAUGUUCAAUCACAGGGUCAUUCCAAUCAAAUGGUAUUCGAUUCAUUGGUCAGCCAAAUGGAUAAUAAUAAAAGAGAUCAUGUUCAAGCAUAUGUUGAACAGGAACAAAUUCGUCAUGAAAUUCGACAAAGUCAUCUACUUCAAUGGAAAGCUUUUGCUAAAAAACUUGGAUCACAAAUUCGUUGUCUUUCAUUGGGAAGUUUAUCAUCAGUAGAUUCAAUUGUUAUUGAUAUUUUACUCAAAUAUUCUACUAUUCUUGAAGAAUUAAGAAUCAACAAUGAAAUCGAUAUUCUUUCCUAUUUAUCUGUCAUCAAACAUACGAUUAAAAAAAUUUAUAUCAAUUGUGAACAUGGAAUUGGUCUUGAAUGUGUAACGUUGUUGGCAUAUCGAAACUAUGCUGAAAAAGUUAUAUCUUUGGGUCGAGUUGAUGUACCACCUGAUCUUAUGGAUUCGGUCAUAUCGACUAUUGGUUCAAAUUUUUGCAAUUUACAAUCAUUAUAUCUACGAAUUCAUAAUUUUGAUAUUGAUGUUGCUACACCGGCUAGUUUAUUAUUUAAUAAUCUAAACGAAUUGAAUUUACAAUUCGUUUCGGGUAAUGUUGAUCAACCAUUUCGAAAAUUUAUUCAAUUAGGAUGGUCAUCUGUACGUAGUUUAACUAUACAAUAUGCUUCGAUUACUGAAGAAUCGGUUCGUGCAAUUCAUGAACAUAUGCCACAAUUAAGAAAAUUAGUAUUAUAUGCUAUCGAAUUUCGUUGUGAUCAUUUGGCAAGAAGAUAUGGACAUAGAAUUUGUACAAAUUGUUCGCAUAGUGUAUGGAAAUCGAUUGCAACAUUACCUCAUUUACAACAUCUUAAACUUCAUCGUGUUAUAAUUGAUGAAGAAAUUUGUAAAGCAUUAUCACGAAUGCAUCGUUUACAAAAUCUUGAACUACAAUAUUGUUCAAAUGUUAAUGAUAAUGUGAUUAAUGUUUGUAGUGAAUUAGCUAGACGAUCACCUCGACGACGAUUUAUAUUAGCCGUAAUUUCAAGAGGAUUUCUUACAUUAAAACCACCAGCAGAUUGUAAUAAUUUGUUCAUCGAUGUAAAAGUUGCUUGUAAAUAGUAGGAAAGUCAACCAAAAAAAUCGAUAAUCAUCCAACUUAACGAACGAACGAACGAACAUACUUUUCAUUACAACCAUCAUUUCUAUUCAAUCAAUGAACCGAUGACAAUCAUUUUUAUUUAUA